UGGUCUUCCAUCACACUGCCUACAACAAUACACCCUUCAAAAUGAAGUUGUUCAUCAUGUUCUUCCUGGUGGCGAUUAUCUUCGCCACUCUAACUUCUACACAUGCCAAAGCAGACAAAGAGAAGCUAUGUAAAACGGCAAAGUGUAAAAAUAACAUCGCCGCUCAGUUUGUCUGCAGAUCGCAUGAAGCAUAUCGCAAGAGAUGUAAGACAUAACAUUGAUCAGUUUUUUGUCCAUGGUCUACUAUAAGGCAUCACCUUCCAUCGCUAAAAUGUACCCUUUCUUCGCUUAACUGCACCUUCAUUUUAUCAUUUCAAUAAAAGCAUGUAUUCAA